CCUACAUGUCGGUGUUGCGUGCGCUCUUGAGGCUGUCUAAGGAUCGGUCAACGAUGAACGAGUACAGCUGCUCCGACACUCGGUAGUCCGCAGGGUUAGGCCUCCACUUCUCGUCGAGAAAUAGCUCCUCGUAGCCGUUGUAAGGCAAGUUGCAAUCCCUCAGGUAUGUCGUCACUGCAGUGCCGAUCCAGUCAGGCCGGAAACUGGUCAAACACACCCCCAAUCACAUGCACAGUUUGGAGCCCAUGUCGUGUGAGUGCAUGUGUGUGUGUGUGUGUGUGGCCUCACUUGGUGCGUUCGUCGUUGAGGAGGGUGCUUGCAGUGAGUGAGGCGGACUCGUAGACUGACACCUGGAUGUUCAGAGGCCCGCUCCUCGCCGCCCAAUCCUCAUCCAUAUACUCCUGACCCCACGCGCACACCAAAUCACAUCGGUACGAUGCGUGUCUGAAGGCCAGCCACGAUGUGUCCAAAUGCUCACCGGUGUGGCCACCUUGUAGCUGCGGAUGAAGCCGUCCUUCUGCAGCACCCGCAGCAUCCUCUCUAUCCCACUGACCGCCUCACCCAGCCCCUCCCUCUCCGCGUCAUACACACGCAUGAACGGCUCACUGUCGCCAGCAUACAGGGCCUCAUGCCGGGCUCUGGCAAUGUCGCGCAGCCUGCGGCCUAUCGACAGCUGGAAGGAGCGGCGGGCCUGUCAGGCAGCAGCGAAGAGGAAUCAAUCAAUGGGUGUUGGAGACCCGAUGGGUGCUGCGUACCGUUCCCAGGGGAUCGUUUGCGUCGCCUUUGGGGAUGUGGCUGGCGGCGACCUUCCACAAGAGCCACGACCACAGAUCAAAAGCGUACCUGACAAACAGACAGCACAAACCGCCCCGUGUGCAUGUGUGUGCGAUGGGUAGAUGCAUCCAUGUGCUUACUGGUCUCUCUCGUCAGUCACCAGGUACCUGCACUGACCGCGCACACACACACACACGCACACACACAAACACAGAAGAAAAGCGACGUGCUCCUGCCCGCAUGGGUGCAGCAACACACUCAGCCCUCACCCUCUCCCCUCCCCCCACCUCUGUGAGAACAGUUUGUCGCGUUUCCGCAGCAGCUCCUCCAUCUCACUCUGCAGCUGCCGACGCGACACGCCCGACACCCGUUGCAGCUCGCCCAUGGCCGCCUCUUUGAGUGCCUUCACGAGGUUCUCGUCGAGUGUCCUGGCCACCACAAAGUCGAGGGGGUCUGUCUUGCCCAUCGGCCUGUUGCGGUUGAUGAGAUUAUACAGAUACAUCUGAAAGCCAUGCACACAACAUGUUGUUGUUCCUUUGCCGUUUCCUUUAGCUUGCCUGCAGGUCCAGCUCUCCCGACCCGAGGCCCUUCUCGCCGCCUGUCCACGGGAUGCCUCCCGCACUCGCCGACGCCGGCAGCAGGGCAAGACCUGCCAGCACGGAAGCAGCCAGCUCCAUCCGCCGACUCACCACAUCACUUGACCCACUCCCCCUCCACUUGUCCAAAGACGGAUCCACUGCAGAAGCACGCCGGGCAGAAGAACGGGCGUCAUGCAGCCCUGGCUGAUGAUGGGUGUCGCCAUCGUUGGUCGCUGGCCGGUUGCGCAAUGAGAGAUCUCUGGGACGCCUUGACUGCCGUCUGAUGCGUGGCACGGAGGGCACUGCGGGCAGACGCAGGAACGCAUGAGCAGCGCCGGCAUUGGAGCCGUCGGCAUCCAACACGCCACCGAUGGCCGCCGCCGCUGCUGCAAGUGAGAGUCGCAUUGUUACAGAUCCAUGCACCUGCUGUCAGAUAGCGCCGAUAUCUGCAGAAAGGCCG